UGUUGCGUGCAGCAUAACAGCACCAGAGUUUUCACUUGCAAAAUGCAUCCUUUUUCACCUUUGUGGCUUUGCAUCACAGCAGGUGGCGGUUGAAGCAUCACCGGCUGUAGCAAGUUCUUGACAGUUCUGUAGCAGAGUUAGUCGAAGUAUCACAGCCUGUAGCAAGUUCUUGACACUUUGAUAUGGAAGUACUUCCUCCUACCUUGUCAUCUGCUUGUGAGCAACCACUUCUGUACGAUGGCACAACCAGAUUGUACAUGUCGUACGUUUGCCCUUAUGCGCAACGGGCAUGGAUCACAAGGAAUUACAAGGGUUUGCAGGAGGAGAUCGAGCUAGUUCCCAUGGACAUGGCAGAUAAGCCUGCAUGGUACAAGAAGGUUUACCCCAAGAACCAGGUGCCAGCCUUGGAGCACAACAAGAAGAUCAUAGGAGAGAGCUUGGAUCUGAUCAGGUACAUAGAUACCAACUUCGACGGCCCUAAGCUGAUCACAAAUGAUCCUCAAAAGCAAAGGUUUGCAGAAGAACUGCUGGGAUAUUCAGAUGCUUUCAACAGGGCAAUGCUCGACGGACUGAGAUCCAAGGGGCCAGUGACUGCUGAAGCUGUUGCUGCACUGGACAAAAUAGACAGCUCCCUGUCGAAAUUUGAUUAUGGACCUUUCUUCCUAAGUCAAUUCAGUCUGGUGGACAUUGCAUAUGCACCAUUCAUUGACGGAUUUCAGAUAUUUUUUGCUGGCAUAAAGAAUUACGACAUCACAAAAGGAAGAGUUCAUAUACGGAAAUUUAUUGAGGAACUGAACAAGAUUGACGCAUAUAUGCAGACAAAGCAGGACCCUGAAGUGCUGCUUGCUCUCACAAAGAAGAAGUUUGGGGUAUGAAUUAACUUUUAUGCGGCCAUCUUGAUCUCAGAUACUACCUACAUGUGUUGUCGGUCAGUUGUGCUGGCUUGUAGCAAUAGCAGCGUUCUGUAGAUAUAAGGUUUUCACCUCGGUGUUCUGAUGAACAGAUGAAUAAUGAUGAAACGAAGGACCGAAUCUGAUAGUUUUCAGCUCACUUAAAUAUCUAUACAUAAGGAUGAUAGGAAUAAGCUGAGGUUGAUGCUAUCACUUAAAUGUCUGCUAUAUGAACACCAACUGAUAGUAUACUUGAGGAAGAUAAUCUUCUUGCUUCGUUUUCAAAAAUAAUAUCAUGGUGAAAAUUAGCAUUU